AUAACUGAAAUAAAAUAGAAAAAAAUAAAAACAAUACUCACUGCCCCAUGACUAAUUAGUUAGCCCACAAUUGACGCUCUUUAGUGCUGCUUCAAAGAGGUGUUCAAAUGUUGAAUCCGCUUGAUUAUAGUCACGGACCGCCAAGCGAACGAACAUGCAAUACCUAAGUUGUUCAAUUUUGCAAAUAUUUUUUUUCCUAGCAGAAUUGAAAUGGACUUACGCUGGCUAUUUGACUGAUAAUUUCCCACAAAGUGUCAUAGAAGAUGGCCAAUUGACUACAUUACAACUUUUGGCGAAAUACAAACAUCCAGGGGAAUCGCAUGACGUGACCACAGAGGAUAAAUAUAUCUUGACCAUGCAUCGCAUCCCCAGACCGAAAGCUAAACCUGUUCUAUUAGUUCAUGGUUUACAGGAUAGUUCAGCCACUUGGAUUUUGAUGGGUCCAGAAAGUGGUUUGGGUUAUUAUCUCUAUGCCAAUGGCUAUGAUGUUUGGAUGGGCAAUGUUAGAGGAAAUCGCUAUUCCCGCAAUCAUGUCAAGUACAAUGCCAGUGCGGACAAAGCCUAUUGGACCUUCUCUUGGCAUGAGAUUGGAUAUUACGAUAUACCGGCCAUGAUUGAUACGGUUUUGGGGAAAACAGGUUACCAGAAAUUGAGUUACUUUGGCCACUCCCAGGGAACAACUACGUUUUUUGUGAUGGCCUCCACUCGUCCGGAAUAUAAUGCCAAAGUCCAUUCGAUGAGUGCCCUGGCACCUGUUGCUUUCAUGGGCCACGUGAAGGCUCCUUUGUUGCCGCUGGCUCGCAUGGGAAUUGUCAUGUUUGGUGACUUUUUGAAUAACCUAAUGUCCCAUGGCACGAUUGCCACAAUGACUUGCACCAUCACACCGAAGAUGUUUAAGACUUGUUUGAACUACUUCUAUGAUAUUGUGGGUAAAAAUACCGAAGAAUUCAAUACGACCAUGUUUCCCGUCGUGCUGGGUCAUCUACCAGCUGGAUGCAAUAUCAAACAACUGGAGCAUUAUAUUCAACUUAAGAGCUCUCAACGCUUUUGCCAAUUUGACUACGAAGCCAAGGAGAAUCAACGGAUCUAUGGCCGACCAACAGCUCCAGAUUAUCCUUUGGAAAAAGUCACAGCUCCCAUUGCCCUAUAUUAUGCCCAAAAUGAUUAUCUAAGUUCUGUUGAGGAUGUUCAGAAACUGAUCAAAAUCUUGCCCAACGUGGUUGAGAAUAAUAUGUAUCCACAAAAGAAAUGGAACCACAUGGAUAUGGUGUGGGGUUUAAGUUCCAGGCGUUUAGCUCAACCCAAAAUGUUGAAGGUGAUGCAAUUAUGGGAGAACGGUGGACCAGGUAAAAAUAAUGAAGACGUUGAGGAGGAGGUGGACGCCAAAGAGGAAGAUCCGGAGCACGAAGAAGUACCUGAAACAACUGAGAUUUCUGUUUUUAAAAGUGCAUCGGCGGUGUGUGUGAUUACUUUUUUGUCCAUUAUAAAUCAUGUCGUAGACAAACUGUCUGUGAAAAGUGGCCAUUUCAAUACAAAAUUAAGGCAAUGUUAUUGAGAAGUAAUCGGACAUAACUGACAAAUCCAGUCCCGGCUCGCUCCAUACCUUUUGUCGAUAACUAAAUAAAAUCGAUUCAGAAAUAACCUGGCUAAAAUAUUCAUGUGUCCUAGCACUCAGACAUGAGACAACAGUUAAAUCGGAUCACCAUUGGUUGAAAAACAAGUUCGUUAUCGUUUCAAAAAAUUCCUAUAAUAUUUAGGUAGGAAAAGAGCAGAAUACUUCCUUUAAGCCUUAUCAUUACAUUUUCAUUAGCAUUGCAAUAAAUUAUAUUUUUCACUGCUGUUA